AUGUCGAUUUUUGAAAAGUACAUAGUGGCUGCGGAUGAAAUAAUCAGCUUUGAGGUUAUGCUUAAAGCUGAAGAUUUUUCUAGUUAUACGGACGAUGCUUUUGAUUUUGAAAGAUCAGAAUUAGAUAAAUCAUGGGAAAAUUAUAAAAGCAUUUAUAGUGAUUGUUCUGAUGUCACAAUAGAAAAAAAGAAAGAAUUGUUAAUGGUACAAACAAAGCAUCCGCAGGUCCGCAAGACAUAUAUAAGAUGUAUAAACAUUAUUUCCAAAGCAAAAGCAAACUUAGGUAAAAAAACUGAAGAAAAUGUAGAAUCAGCAGUUCCCAAUCUUUGUGGUUCCAUAUCCGUACCUCCUUGUGAUACUGGUGUUUUUCAUGGGGAUUACGUUUCGUGGCCCACAUUUAGAGAUAUGUUUACUGCGAUUUACAUAAACAAUACAAGACUUAGCCCAGUAGAAAAGUUAUUUUACUUGUUCAGAAAAACUGAUGGUGAGGCUAGAGAUAUAAAUAGGAAUGUAGCUCUAACAGGAGAAAAUUUUGAAAUUGCAUGGAAAAAUCUAACAACUCAAUAUGAAAAUAAACGUGUAUUAAUAAAUAGUCAAUUGAAAAUAUUGUUUAAUCUGACUCCCUGUAAUCAAGAUUCAGCAUCAGAGAUAAAAAGACUCCAAAGAGAAAUCAACAAUUGUAUGGCAAUUUUAAAAUUGUAUAAUGUUGAUAUUGGUUCAUGGGAUCCGAUAUUUGUGUUUCAAUGCUCUUCGCGCUUAUCUGAAUGUUCACUGAAUCUUUGGGAACAAUCGGUUAGAAAUAAAACAGAGGUUCCCAAAUGGGAAGAAUUAAACAAUUUUUUAACAGAUAGAUUUCAUGCUCUAGAAAGCGUUUCUGAUAUUAUAUCCUCGAAUAAUACGCAUCCCAGUGGUUCCCAAUCGGCACUUAAUAGUAACAAUAACCAUACAUCAACUAAAGUAAAACAAUUUAAGGCCCAUAAUACUAAAGUUGAAACCAUUUUUUGCAAAUUAUGCAAAGAAAACCAUAAAAUCAGCUCCUGUACCAGAUUUUUGAAUAUGGAUUAUAGAAAUCGGGUUUCAACUUUGAAAAAAUUUCGUUAUUGUUUUAAUUGCCUUAACAUUGGACAUAUGUAUGGUGAUUGUAGUAGCCCAAAUGGUUGCUCCAAGUGCAAAAAGAAGCACCAUACUUUAAUGCAUAGGGAAUUUGUAAAGAAAAACAAUAAUAGCCAAAAUCAAGGAAAUACUAGAUUUCAGGGUGAAAGUCAAAAUAGUUCUGUCCACCAAAUACAGUCCACAAAUACAAAUCAAUUACAGUCCACUAAUAUCGCAGGUCCGUCUGGUGUUGUUCAGUCACAUCACACAUCAGUAGCUAAGAAAGUGAUGUUAGCUACAGCUUGGGUCAAUAUAAUUAGUUGUGGUUCUUAUUACAAAGUUCGAGCACUCAUAGAUCCUUGUUCGGAUGAAAGUUUUGUUUCUCAGAGAAUACAAACUGUAUUAAAGUUGCCCACUAAGCCAGUUUCCGCAGAAAUUACUGGUUUAGGAGGAGAAUUAGUAAGCAAAUCUUCAAAGAUAGCGAACUUUAUAAUUGUUUCUCUGUUUGAUCAUAAUGUAUCUCUAAAUAUUCAGGCUUUAGUAGUUCCUCGUGUAACAGGGAAUGUACCUACACAUUCAUUUAAGCCACAAAAGAAUACAGAUUUGCCCAAUCUGAAUUAUGCUGACCCUAAGUUUUAUGAAAGUAGCGAAAUAGACUUAUUGUUAGGAGGAGAUUUGUAUCCCCUAAUUCUUCGUGAUGGAGUUCAACAUGGAAUUUUUGAGUCUUUAGUGGCCCAAGAGACAAUUUUUGGCUGGAUUGUCACAGGCCCAACUCCAAGUAAUGAUUCCCCACGUUUUUCAAUAACCAAUUAUAUGACAAAAGUUUCCAUUGACGAUCAGUUAACAAAGUUUUGGGAGUUAGAAGAAGUUUCUCGUAGAAAGAUUUUAUCAGAAGAGGAUAAAAAAUGUGAAGAGAUCUAUCGUUCUACUACCACAAGAAAUUCUGAAGGAAGAUAUAUAGUAUGUUUGCCCUUUAAAGAUACUUUUUCGUCACUUGGCCCAAAUCGUCAUAUUGCUCUUAGUCAAUAUUUAAGAAAUGAAAAGGUUUUAAUGCGAAAUCCUGAAUUUAAGGCUCAAUAUGAUGAGGUCCUAAAAGAAUACAUAGCUUUGGGACAUAUGGAAAAAAUUACAAAUUCUGAAAGUAGCUCAAGUUAUUACUUACCUCAUCAUGGAGUUUUUAAGCCUGACAGUACCACUACAAAGUUAAGAAUUGUUUUUAACGCUUCAAGUGCUUCUUCUAAUGGUAACAGUCUUAACGAUUUGCUGUUUGUAGGCCCUAUAUUACAAGCUGAUUUAGUAGCCCUAAUUCUAAAAUGGCGUUUCUUUCAGUUUGUCUUCAAUGCAGAUAUAUCUAAAAUGUAUCGACAAAUUUUACUUAAAUCUGAACAUAGACAGUAUCAGAAGAUAGUUUUUCGUAGUUCUGGGGAAAAUAAAAUCGAAGAUUAUCAAUUGAACACCGUCACUUUUGGCGUUAAUUGUGCCCCAUUUUUGGCCCUAAGAACGCUUUUACAGUUAGCUGACGAUGAAGAACGAUGUUUUCCGCUAGGCUCUAGAAUUCUUCGCGAGUCAAUGUAUGUUGAUGAUGCUCUUGUUGGAGCUCAUUCGAUCCCUGAUGCUUUGGAGGCACGAGACCAAUUAAUUGGUAUAUUGGGUACAGCUGGGUUUGAGUUGAGAAAAUGGGCCUCAAACUCUAAACAAAUUUUAAAAAAUUUGCCCCAAGAGCAUCUUCUUAACUCUUCUUUUUUGUCGCUCGAUGAUAAAAGUAAUGCUAAAACACUCGGUGUCCGUUGGAAUGCGGCAGAAGAUUACUUUUAUUUUACAACUGAGAAGAUUAAGUUCAAAACAGCUUAUACAAAAAGGGAAGUACUCUCAAUUAUAGCAAGGCUAUUUGAUCCAGCAGGUUGGUUGGCCCCAGUGAUUAUAACAGCAAAGAUUUUGAUGCAGCAAAUGUGGCUUGAUAAAAUAGACUGGGACGAACAUAUAAAACCUGUGGCUCUGCAAAAAUGGAAGACAUUCAUUUCUAAUUAUAAUGAGAUUGAUACAAUUAAACUUGAUCGUUGGGUUCAAUAUACGCCUAGUUCUUAUAUUGAAUUUCAUGGCUUUUGUGACUCUUCUGAGUUAGCUUACGCAGCUACACUAUAUAUACGUAUUGUGAAUGGUGAUAAAGUUUAUGUAAAUCUACUAAUUGGCAAAACAAAAGUGGCUCCAGUUAAAAGGCCAUCUUUGCCGCGUUUAGAGUUGUGUGGCGCAGUUCUUUUAGCCAAUUUAGUAAACAGCGUAAUCCCCAAUUUCAAAUUGCAUACGUAUAACUUAUAUUUGUGGUCCGAUUCGACAAUAGUUCUUGCUUGGUUACGAAAACCGCCAUGUAAUUGGAAAACCUUUGUGGCAAAUAGGGUAGCAACAAUAUUAGAAAAAGUAGGAAACAAAAAUUGGUUUCACGUAGCUUCUAAUCACAAUCCUGCCGAUCUAGCAACCCGGGGGCUGAUACCUUCGGAUUUAAGAGAAAACAAACUUUGGUGGCAUGGUCCUGAUUGGCUCAGAUUAAACAAAUCGUCGUGGCCCGAAGGUCCAUUAGAAUUCGAAACAGUAGAAGAAUCGAAACAAGUCCAAGUUAAUAUUGCUAGAUCCGCUGAACGAGAAGAUAUACUGGACCGUUUCUCAAGUUUGCCCAGAGCAUAUCAUGUUAUUGCUUAUAUAUUUAGAUUUUUUAAUCUUGCGAGCAAAAGCAGACGUAAAAGCUGUAAUUACGAAACUGUUAGAAUUUCGGCUCAAGAACUUGUAUUUGUACGAAAUCGGCUAUUUUUUCUCUCUCAACAGUCGCACUUUUCUAAUGAGUUUAGUUGUCUGUCAUCGAAAAAGAAAAUUGACUCUCGUAGUCCUUUAUUAACGCUUACGCCUUUCUUAGACAAAAAUGGUAUUAUUCGUGCUAAUGGUCGUCUUGGCUCUACAAAAUGUUUGUCAUACAAUGAACGACAUCCCGUAAUACUUGCAUAUACUAGUAGAUUAGCACGACUUUACGUUGAGUUUGUCCACAAUAUGGUCUUACAUGGAGGCCCUCGUUUAGUCCUAAAUGUCGUACGUCAGGAGUGUUGGAUUAUAAAGGCUAAAAAUCUAAUAAAAACGGUCAUCCACAACUGUAAAAUCUGCGUUAUACAUAGAAAAAAGCUUCAAAAUCAGAUCAUGGCAGUGCUACCUGAAGAAAGAACUACUUUAAGUCGCCCUUUUACUAACACAGGUGUUGAUUUUGCCGGCCCAUUUGAAAUCAAAAGUUUCACUGGUCGAUAUUGCCGUAUCACUAAAGGCUACGUGUGUCUAUUUGUUUGUUUCUCUACUAAGGCGAUUCACAUUGAGGCCGUUAGCGAUUUGUCCACUCCUGCAUUUCUAGCAGCUUUGGCUCGAUUUGUUGCUCGUCGUGGUUGCCCUAGUCGCAUUUUCUCUGAUAAUGGAAGAAAUUUUGUUGGCGCUGCAAGAGAACUUGAAAAUAACUUCGAAAAACAUAUAAAAGAAUUACGUGAUUCGGCAGUAGAAAAAUAUGGUCAUCAACAUCUUGAGUGGCACUUUAUUCCUGCAGCAGCUCCUCAUAUGGGAGGACUGUGGGAGGCAGGGGUCAAAAGUCUAAAAAUGCACUUUAAAAAGACGGCUGGACAAAUGAAAUAUACGUUUGAAGAGUUUUCGACACUUUUGGCAAAGAUAGAAGCGUGUCUCAAUUCGCGUCCUCUUGGCCCUAUGUCUAACAGCGUCGAUGAUUUGUCCUCUCUCACUCCAGGUCAUUUUCUAAUAGGCUCUGCUAUUCUUACUCCAGCUGAACCCGAAGAACUUAGCUCGGCAAAUAGUAUUGUAAAUCGUUGGCGCAAAAUCAAAGCAUUGCAGCAAGAAAUAUGUCACCGCUGGAAAGAAGAGUACCUUAAGGAGUUGCAUAAACGUAACAAAUGGAAGUGUCCCCAAAUAGACCUGAAAGAAAAUGACCUCGUUGUUCUUAAAAGUGAACCUUGUUGUCCAACUGAAUGGCGCUUAGGUCGUAUAGUAAAAGUUUAUCAUGGUUCAGACGGUAAAGUUCGAGUGGCUGAUCUUAAAACUCAAAAUGGCAUCAUCACUCGACCGAUACACAAAUUAGUUUUACUCCCUAAUUGCACUGAUUAA